GGCCUCUCCGUAACCAUGGCUACGAGGGGCGGGGAGGGGAGGGAACUGGGCGUGCUUAGGUCACGAGACCCGGGGGGCGGGCCGGGAGGAAUCGGUCCUCCAAGAUCCCAGCCGCCCCGAGCCCGCUUUUUGCCUCCCUCCCCGCUAGCCGCACGCUGCGUGGCUGCUCGUUGGCUACUAAGGACGGAAGCUCGUUUGGUGUUUCUCCAGAAGUUUCCUCGCAGGGCGGCGGUGGAGCUGGUAUCCUUGGUUUUCAGAGUAAUAGUAACUCCUAGGGAUGGCGGCGGCUGCUGCAGGACCUGCAACACCUCAGAGGAGCUGACUGAGGCUUUGGAACAGAAACCAGAUGAUGCGCAGUAUUAUUGUCAGAGAGCUUACUGUCACAUCCUUCUUGGAAAUUACUGUGAUGCUGUUGCUGAUGCAAAGAAUUCCCUCAGACUUAAUCCAAAUAAUUCCACUGCUAUGCUGAGGAAGGGGAUCUGUGAAUACCAUGAAAAAAAUUAUGUUGCUGCUCUAGAGACUUUUACAGAAGGACAGAAAUUAGACGGUGCAGAUGAUAAUUUCAUCGCCUGGAUUAAAAGGUGUCAAGAAGCUCAAAAUGGAUCAGAAUCUGAAGUGUCUGUAUCCCAGCGGGCUCAUCAGUCAAAAAUCAAGUAUGACUGGUAUCAAACAGAAUCUCAAGUAAUCAUUACACUUAUGAUUAAGAAUGUUCAGAAGAAUGAUGUAAAUGUGGAAUUUUCAGAAAAAGAGUUGUCUGCUUUGGUGAAACUUCCUUCUGGAGAGGAUUACAAUUUGAAACUGAGACUUCUUCAUCCUAUAAUACCAGAACAGAGCACAUUUAAAGUACUUUCCACAAAGAUCGAAAUUAAAAUGAAAAAGCCAGAGGCUGUGAGAUGGGAAAAGCUUGAGGGGCAAGGAGAUGUGCCUAAACCGAAACAGUUCAUAGCAGAUGUAAAGAACUUAUAUCCAUCAUCAUCUCAUUAUACCAGAAAUUGGGAUAAAUUGGUUGGUGAGAUCAAAGAAGAGGAAAAGAAUGAAAAGUUAGAGGGAGAUGCAGCUUUAAACAAAUUGUUUCAGCAGAUCUAUUCAGAUGGUUCUGAUGAAGUGAAACGUGCCAUGAACAAAUCAUUUAUGGAGUCUGGGGGCACAGUUCUGAGUACCAACUGGUCUGAUGUAGGUAAAAGGAAAGUUGAAAUCAAUCCUCCUGAUGAUAUGGAAUGGAAAAAGUACUAAAUAAAUAAAUUUGCUAUCAUUGCAUUGCGUAUAUUCACCUAAUAUCCAUUAUGUAUAGAUACUGCAUUCUUGAAUUUCGAACACUGAAUAUCUUUUUGAAAAACUGUACCUCUUUACCUCUUUGUGCUUUAGAAAUUGCUUUCCUGCCGGCGUUCUAAGUGUCUGAUGAGGAAUGAAGAUCGCAUUUUAUCACUUCUGUCCUUAAGGUUUUCAGACAUGCUGAAACUGAAUGAAGUCUCUUUUGCUGCUAGAUAAUUUCUGUGUAGUUAUGGGAGUGGAGAAAUCUUUAAUGGGAUAUCUUGGGUUAUUGCCUUAUUUUUGAUAGCAGUGUUCUGUUAAUAAUUUAUUAGACCUGGCAACUCUGGGUGAGCAUAGAUUUUUUUCAAUCUCAGUAUUACAUUGUGUUUCCUUUUAAAAACUGCUUUUGAAUGGAGUUGUAAAUACAGUUUUUCUAUGAAGAAGUUUGGUUUAUUUACCUUUUUCUUAAGUUUUUAAUGAAAAAUUAUUUAUCACAGGGUAUUCCCAUUUGGUUCUUUUAACGGGGAGUAUUUGUAAUUGCGUGGAGAUUUGGGCCUUGCCUUCCAAUUCCCGUAUAAAACAUAAGCGCGUAAGUGUGACACACUGCAAAUUCAGUUACACUGGAGGAUGAAUCUGUGAUGCUGGGCCAGGGGGGAUCUGGGAAGGGCCCAACUCCACUUUUUGCUGCUUUUGCCAUAGCAAGAUUCUUUAAAAUCACGGCACCGUGUUCUUUUGUGUAUAUAUAUAUAUUUUCCUUCUUUAUUAGAAAAUUUCUGUUCUCAUAUCCCCGUGAUUACUUUGGUUUCAGUGAUUUAAGGUAGCUGCCGUGAUAGUAGAUUGAUACGCGUGUACUUAGUACCUACUCUCUGCCUAGAAUAAAUAGAAACCGUGGAAAUAAAAAAACUAAAAGACACGGUCAUUAACUUCAAAGAGCUUACAAUCAAGCAGAGAGAAAAUUAACAUUCAUGAAGGAAUUAUGAAACAGUUGAAUGCUGAGCUCUGGUUAUAAAUAGUUUGAGAGAGAAAGUUGUUCUAUGAUUAAAAUUCUUUACAGUCUGAGCACUUACAAAGCACAGACAAGAUGACCUGCAGCCCUGACUUUGUUUUCUAACCAUGAUUUUGCUUGUUUUUCAACGAUAAUCACCUCAGAGGUUGAUCUUUGUUAGGUGUCACUAAUAUUUUUGUUGGCGAGGCACUACUCUAUUACUCAGAGCUGAGGGUAGGGUGAGUGGGAGGCAAAUUGGCCUUGAUGUCAGCCUCUGAAAGGUGGGAAUGGAACCCCUUUCUUCUAGUCCUUUAAUGUAUCAGAUGUAAGGGGCGUUCAUAAGGAAAGUGGAAAGUGGAUGGUACUAGAUCAUGCCCAAACCUUUUGUUAUAGCUUCUUUAAGCGUGCAGGAGUUUUCACUUGCCCUUCUGCCCGCUUUGAGCUGCAACCUCCUUUUUUAUCCUUGGACGUUGAAGGAGAGGUCAAAAAUAAGUGCUUGCUUGGAAGAAUUUUUAAAAAUUUCUCCUUAUGGAAACAAGAGAGUGAUUUUUGUGUUCUAUCUGUUAAAUUUUUCCGUACCAUUAGUUCUAAGGAGGCAAGAUAAGAAUCCUAGCUCUAGCAAGCCUCCGCCUUUGACUGGCUUCAUAAUCUUAACAGGUUUAGGCUUGCUGUGUCUUAGUUUCUUUAUCUGUAAAUAAUCUAUCAAGUCUUAGCGUGUUUUUAAAAAGUCCAUAGUUCUAAAUAAGGAAACAUUUCUGUCACUUAAGAACAAUUAUUCUGUCUUUAUGGCAUUUUUAUAAUAGAAAUUUUUCUUUAAAAAAAAAUUCUAGUACAUGUUCGUAUUUUAAAGAAUAUGUUACCUAGACUGUGCCUAUCUAUUGGCUAGAUUUGCUUAGUGUUAAAGGAUUCAGGAUUUUGCUGGGCCAAAAUGAUUCCUAAUAUACAUGACUAAAAGCAUUGUAUGAUGCACCUAGCCUAACUACAUUAGAUUUAUGUGUUAAGAAGGGAAUUUGGAGAAACAGGCUAGGCUGCUGCCCUAAGGUACUACUCUAAAGUCCUGCUCUUCUUUCAUCAUUCUGGGUAGUGAAAUUCAUGAUAAUGAAUUCAUUCUGAUGAAGAGCCUUAAUUCUAUCCAUAUUCUCUACACUCUUAGCUACUAAUUGGAGUUAACUUUCAUUCUAGACUUCCAUUUUUAUUUCUCAAGCUUUCGUUCUCAUAGUGUUCUAGUUAACCUUUUGUUUCUUCAGAAUGGACGUUUUUUUCUCUUUGUUUUUUUUAAGGUUCAGUCCUGGGAUGCUUUUUUUCCCUUGUUCUGUAGAAAGGGUCAUCUGUUCUGAUUUCUGUAAUCAUUUGUACCUGAUGUCUUCCUUUUAGUCCACAAUUCUUACAUUGCCCUCAAGAAAUCUUGAAUGGGACAACCUUCUUUGAACUUUGCUACCUAGUAAUCACUUUAGAUUGGCUAUACCACUAGUCUGUAACGUCAAGGUCGGUUUUGAUAAUUUUCUGUGUUGCGUCCUAUGUACCCAUUAAGAGUUGGUUUCUUACUAACAAGUUCAGUCUUCAGCAUUGGCCAGUUAUUGCCAUUGUCUCCUUAAGUCUUUGAGAAAAUUUUGAAUUUGCUUGGUAGGCUAACUGUAGAGGACAAGGGAAAAUAAUUGAGAAAUUUCUCUAGGUAAAUUUCAAAUAUACAUUUAAAAUCGUGGUAUGUUACUGUGCUAUUAUGAAUAGUUUAGGUUGCAUUUUAGUUUAGUUCAUACAUAAAUAUUUUUCAGCUGUCCUUUCCCACUCCCUUUUAUUCUUCUCCAUUUACCUACCUAUCAGAUUAGAUCAUUGUUCUCUGAGGUAUAUCACUGACCCAGAGCAGAAUUGCGUAUUUACCAUCUGAUCAGCCUAGUGCACUUUAACUCCAUUGGGGUUUUCCUUGUCUAGAUUUGUGUGCAGUUCUCUCUGACUUGUGGCUGUUAUUGACAGUUCCAAAAUUUGGAAGGAAAGUUCUAGGUAGUAUUUUGUUUCUUUGCUUGGGUGUUUUGUUGUUGGUUUGAUUGCUUUUAACUAGAGUGAUUUCCUUGUAACCAGUUCUAAAGACAUGUACCUAUACUUACUCCUGCUACUAUUGCCACAUGAGACUAUGGAUUUCGGUUAUCUCUUUCUGAGAGGAGCCAGGGAGGGGAGGUAGUAAAAGUUAAAAGGACAAGCUAUUGGUUUCUAUGCAAGGAAGGGUCAUAGGUAGUUUUAACUCAAAGGGAUCAUCAGUAUUGAUCUGGUUUCCUUUGCCUCCAUCUGUUCAUUUUUUUAUUGUAAGACAUUUUACACCAAGAAAUUUUAUUUUGGAAAUGUCUGGACCCUGUGGACAAAUUAGAGAUAUCCAUUUACUCAUAAAUGUUACUAUUUGGGGACAUUGUUAUGACUUGCUUCUAAAAUUAAUUGUCUUAACCUCUCUUCCUACCUUGGUAACCUUGCUCCCAAGUGCAGCUAAAAUCAUUCACAUUCUUAACUCAUUAAAGCAAUAAUAGCGGUUAAAAAAAAAAAAAAAAUUUUUUUUUUUUAAUAAUAGCACUUUCAGUGGGCCAGGCAUCACUAAGUUCUUUAUGUACACUACCUCAUUUAGAAGAGCCCUGUGAAGUAGUGAAAGCAUCCUGUUAUUACAGGUCAGAAAAAUGUUAAGUUCUUUGCACAAGUUCACUCAACUGUUUAGUGAUGGAGCAGGGAUUUGAACCUAGUCCUGCCAGACUCUAGAGCUCAUACUUUUAACCGCUGUUACUCCCUCUCCAGGUGAGUGAGUUGGGUGCACAGUGAAUGAUUUUUAUCACUGAAUCAACUGUCUGAAAAUGAAGCAGAGAACGCGUAAGUUGGAAGAAUUGUUUCAUUCUUCUUGUUCACGGGCUGGGAAGGUAUAUCCCUAAAGAUCAGAAAGUUAUCUUCAUUUUCUUAAAGUAGUAAAGCUUAUUAGGAAUACCAACCUCUUGGAUCUCAUAGAAGAUGAUAAUACAAACAAGUAGUUUUGAUUUGUGUUGAAGGUACUGUUUUUCUCAGUUCUAGAUGAUUAUAGAGAAACAAAGUACCUUUACAACCAUCACAGGUAUAAGAAGACUAACUGCUGAUCAAAUUCUUGGUCUUUUUAAACUCGGGAACUCGCACACUAAACUAGUUUUCAUUGCAUAAAUACUGACAUUGUUUUAGGGGUUUUUCCUAGAUAAUAUGUUUUAAGAUUUGUGUUAUCACUGAUUUCUUCAAUAAAAUUGGAAUGAUUCAGGUUAGUUCCUUUGCCCUAAUCAUGUUAAUAUUUUAUUUAUAAUCCAAAAUUUGGUUUAUUUGGGAGCCUUCUAAUGUUGUGCCUUCAGAUAUGAGCUUUCAAUUCUUAUGUUUGCAUUGAGAUUUCUCUUAGGUAAGAGUAAGAUUUUAAGAGGUAAGACUUAAAAGUAAACUCUCAAUGACUUUAUUUUUUCUUAAGAUUACAGGGUUCAGUGAUACAGAGAGGUGUUUAAAAAACAACACUAUUUGCCCAAAGGCAUUUUUCAGCUUGUCAGACCAGAGUUGGGAAAAUAAUCUUUAAUGUCUGUAGGGGGACUUUUCAAAACCAUAUUCCACAAUGCAACCACAAAACUAUUGGACAACAUACUUACUUGGUGCUGUAUUAAGUGCAUUGAAAGUAGUAGUAAACAGUGGGUAAGUACAGGGACUCUGAAGGCAGACUGCUUGGGAUCACAUUAGCUGUGUGACUGGGGGCAGAUAUUUAACCUCUCUCUGCCUCAGUUUUCCCAUCUAUAUAAGUGGGGAUAAUGAUGGUACCCAUCUCAUAAGUUGUUAUGAGAAUUGAAUGAAUUCACGUAACUUCACAAUUACUGACCCUGAUCCAAAAAACUGUAAAAACAAAGGUUUUUUUUGUUGUUGUGUUUUUUUGGUGACAGUGGUAUAAAACCUGACCUGAACUUAGAGUCCUUAAUUAUCCCAUUUAGGAUGAACAGUCACAUAUUUUACUGCAGAGAUAUUGUGAUAUCUAAUUACGGGUGUUACAAAACAUAUGAUGUAUCUAUAUAAUAUUAACUUCUAAAAUCCAAAAUUUUGAGUUCUGAAACACAUCUGGCUCCAAAGGGUUUUGAAUAAAGAAUUAUAUACUUAUAUACUCUGUCCUGUAGGGUCGCUAUGAGUCAGAAUCCACUUGACGGCACUGGGUUUUGGGUGGGUAUGUAAAGUGAAUAUGCCUGUUGCCUUGGAGGGAAUAUAGCUGUGCAUAUUACAAAUAACAUCAUAUGAUUUUAUAAUAUGCCCUUAGGCUGGAAGGCUUAAAUCUUAGAGACAGGCUUUUUUGUGUUAUAAGUUUAGUCCUUGAAAAUUCUGAUUUCCUUCUGAGGAAAAUAUAUCGUCUAGUUAAAAAGUUGUUAAUAUAAUUUAUAAAAUGUGUACUUGGACAGAAUAACAGUUCAUAGAAAAGUCUUUAAUAAACUCCAGUAGUUGAUUUAUUUAAGCAGAGCUCAGGUAUCUAAGUAUUGUCAGGAGCACUUCCAGAAAGUCAUAAAAAAGUAACGGUGGCAGAAAUACAAACAGUGUAUAUAGAAUGUUAAGGAGCUUCUUUUCAGGAGUUCUUUUAAUUUCAUUUUAACUUUAAAUCUGAAAACAUAGUAAAACUAUUAGAGUUUAUAGACAUAAUGUGCAAAAUCAACCGCUUGUGAAGCAAAAAUUCUCUUAUUCCCAUCAGUGAAGAGAAGCUGAUAGGUGUUUUUACAUGGAUUUAGUUCAUCAAAUCCUCUCGGCCCAAGUUAGUGGGGAAGCAAAAUAAGUAUGCACUACUAUGGACUCAGUCUCUGUAUUUGGGAUUUUUCCCCCAAGCACUAUUUUUGCUGGUCAUCUGUACUUUAGCAUGUGACCUUAACUGACUAAAAAAGAACACAUUUUAAAGUUAGCUAGCUUAGGCAAAGGGUGCUAUAUAUUUAGUGAGCAUGAAAUAUGUUAGGGAAUUGUGAAACAUUUCCAUAGUGUUAUUGUUAGUAUGUAGUGUUUGUUAGUUGCAGAGUUACUGAUUUGGUAUUUAUACUGUCACAGAGGCAGCUGUUGUAUGGUGGAAAGGGGAUUAACAUGUGAAUUUGGUUUGAAGUCCUAAAUCUGAUAUUUUAAUAAUUGUAUGAUUUGAGGACAAGUGUCUUUUUUUUUUUUCCUCAUCUAUAAAAUGGAUAAUAAUUCUCAGAAUUGGGAGGAUUUCCCUAAGUCCUGACUAAAGUUACUUAAAUCUAAAGCGCUUGCUUUUUCCCCUCAGUCUUAUUUGGUAUUGGAGUUCCUGAGAGGAGGGUAACAGGCCUGGCUUUUACCUGGCAGUUCAAAGACUUUCAUAAUUCCGCCCCAUCACAUUUGUAGCCUCAUCUCCUGUCACUGUAUCCUUUGAUAUCACGGCUCCAGCCGCACAAGAAUACUCUUUUUUGGGGGCCAGCAAACAUUUUCUGUAAUGAGCCAUACAGUAAAUACUUGAGACUUCACAGGCCACGGAUGAUCUCUGUCUCAUAUUUUUCUUGUUUUUAGUUUGCAGACCGGUGCACUGUCUGUAUAGGCCAUGUAUUUUCAUCCCUUCCACCCCCCUGGGAAGCUCCAAUUUCCUAUUGAUCUGUCAAAACUGAGCUCACAUGCCAUCUCUAGGCUGCUGCCGGUCUCCCUUCCUACAUCAGAAGGACAGUUGUUUUAAUCUUCUGCUACUCUGUCUGCGGCUGUCUUUGGGGUGAUCGGAUGAGUUACUUAUGUCAGAAGCACCCAUCAGAUCCUUUGAUAGAGUCAGACAAAAGCCACAUGGCCAAAUGAGCGUGUUUGAGAGUGCUAAUCUCUUCUCUCUUUAUCAUUACAAUUGACUCAUUUUGUCCCUCAUGUAACUAAGCCUCUUGAGGGCAGGGGACAGUCUUCCAUUUCUGUAUUCGUGUAUUUGGUGUAUACAGAAUAAAAAAACAAAAACACGUUGCCAUUGAGUCAAUUCUGACUCAUAACGACCCUAUAGGACAGAGUAGAACUGCCCAGCAGGGUUUCCAGGAAGUGGCUGGUAGAUUCAAACUGCUGACCUUUUUGUUAGCAGCCAAAUGCUUAACCGCUGCACCACCAGGCCCCCCUCCCCCGCCCCGUACAGAAUACCAAACCAAACCCAGUGCUGUCCAGUCGAUUCCGACUCAUAGCGACACUACAGGACAGAGAACUGCCCCAUAGAGUUUCCAAGGAGCGCCUGGUGGGUUUGAACUGCCGACCCUUUGGUUAGCAGCUGUAGCACUUUGCCACUAUGCCACCAGGGUUUCCGCAUACAGAAUAGGCCCUCAGAAUUUGGUAGAUGAGUGAGUGGAUGGAUGCAUUUGCUCAUGGUCUGUCUCUGCAUAGAUUGCCCAUAUUUUCUUCUUUUCCUUCUUAAAUUCCCCAAUUAGAAUGCCAGUACUCCUCUGAAAUUUACCCACUCCAUGUUCUCUAUGGGAAUUCAUUGCUGCUCCGGCCCCGAUAUGGAGGUGCCUUGCUUCUGUCUCUUAUGUUACCUUCACAGUUUCACUUGUUUUAGUGUUGUUUCCAGCUGUGUCUGUUGUGUCUUAUGUGUUUUGAUCAGUUAACAGUGGUAUUUCCUUAGCUUUGUUAUUUACACGGUGCCAUAGAUUCUCUAGUAUUUGAAAUAUUACUUUACCCCAAACUUAAUAAGUUUUUGAGAGUUUUCUUUUUUUAAAUCAUACCCUUGAAGUCGAUCAGUGUACUUAUUCAUCAACAUAGAAUAGUAUUUCUUAAGUAGGUUUUUAAGCCAUGGCCAUGUGGGCUAAAUCUGAUUUGCUCUUAGUUACCUACAUUACUGAAGAGGGGAGGGGGAUAGCAGUUACAUAACUAGUCAAAACAAGUGUGAUAUCCAAGUAUUUGUUUGGCUUUCCUAACUAAUUUUGGAGAUUCCUUUUUUAUUGUCCCAAUUGUUGUAAGAUAUAAUAGUAUGUUAAAUUGCAAUAAAACCAUAAUGUGUGUGUGUGUUUUUUAAGGAAAGGGCUGAAGUUGACUUCUUAUUAGAUUAGUUACCUUUUCAGAAGAAAUUUUGAGCCCAGAGACCUUGGGUAGAGGAGUAAAGGAGGUCAGAGCCUUACAAAGCCAGGCAUGGAAUAGGUUUGGAAUAUGGAGAGAUCUGAGAACUAGGAGUGAGUCAAACCAUUUCAUUUUAUAAGCAUACCAACUUCUAGAGGAAAAAUUUGAACUUCUCAUUAGUAUAUUUUUUCUGGAAAACCCUCAACGGAAUUUUGAAGUAUUGAAACUGUAUGGCCCUCUCUGGUGAGAGCUGUAUACUUUUUAAACAGUAUUGACACCCUUUGAGGUUUUUGAUAUCAACAAACAUUUUUUUUUUUUUUUAGUGGGUUUUCAUUUUAAUAACAGGUAGUAGAAUAAUGUAGGUAAAGAAAAAUACGGAGUUUACACCCCUAUAUUCACUGAACAAAUAUUCAUUGAGUGUCACAUAUAUGUCACACACUUCUCUAGGCACUAGGGGUACACUGGCCAACAAAACACUCCCCCCCCACCCUGUGGAGCUUAGCUUGUGAUUGGGGAAAUAGCUAAGUAAGCUAAAUGUAUGUUAGAUAAUGUUAAGUGCCAAGGAGGAAAAGUAAAGGGAUGAUAGACGAUUGAAAUUUGACGUAGAAGGCCAAGAAGAACUCACCAAUCAAGGGAUACUUGAAUUAAGACUUGAAAAAAGUGAAGGUGUGACCAUGCAGAUACCAGGCAGAACGGACAGCCAUGUAAAGACCUCAGUGAGGAGUGUGCCUGACGUGGAUGACGAACAGCGAGGAGGCCAUAUAGCUGAAGCAUUGUGAAAAGGGUUGAGUGGUAAGUAGAACAAGGGGGUAGUGGGACACCCAGAUGAUGGUAGCCUAGGCUAGGGCUUGACCCAGCUUAAUGUAAGAUCCUGUUGCCCUCAGUGCUGUCACUAUUUUGUCACUUGUCAUGCUUUUUUAAAAGAAUUUUUUGAAACACACAGUCCCUAGUCUACAAAUGGGAUCCAUUCCUAAGUGUGUCUUUAAGUCGAAUUUGUAGGUAAGUCGGAGCAGCUGCAUAGGGUUCUCAUUUAGCCUUACUUUAGUACAAGAAAAGGCUGGGAGCCUUUUCAGUGAUUGAAAAGCUGCACAUGCACUAAGUUAAGGUGAGAAGAGCAUUAGCCUCCCAGCCAUCUCGUUCCCCUGCCCCGUUCUCUACCUCAGAGGCAACCAUUUGAAAAAAUUCUAGCCUCCUAUUUCUCCCUCCCCAUCCCUACCACCUGCGGUCUCAGCAACAACCCUUUUAUCUCUGUCAAUCUGGACUGGUCACUUAAUCGGCUUUCCCUCACCAUUCUCCUAUUUCUUACCUUUUCUUGGUGUGGACUUUGAUUUUGCUAAAGCAUAUCAUCCUGCAGUAGCUUCCAGAGGAAGCGUGCCAGGGGUGUGCGUGUAUAGAAGCACUUGAGUCCUUAUGUGGGUGAGAUGGUGUUUAUUUUACGUCCAUACUUGGGUAUACAUAUAGCCGGACUGGCUGUAGAAUUUGGGGUUGAAGAGAAUGUUCCCCAGCAACUUGAAGGUAACUACUCUAUUGUUUUCUAAAGCCCACUGUUGCCAUUAGGGAGUCCAAUACCAACUCUUGAAUAGUUUUUGUCCUUAAGGGGUAAUAUAAUACUUUUUUAUUCCUUAAUGUCAUUUUAAAGUGUGGCCAUGUCAAUGCAAAAAUUUUUUUCUUCCCUCAUUGUUUCAACCAGUGGAAUUACUAUAAAUGGUGUUAGCACUUGGCAACAUUAGAAACUAAAACUGGGAUUUCCUUUAACAGGGAUUGCAGUGGAGUUUUACUCUGAAUACUCUAAUGUAAAUUAACUUGAGUUACACAAUACGACUUAAUGGGUAUGUGGAAAGCCCUCAGUCUCAUACUGACCUUAUUUCUGCCCUUUAUCCUCCUUGCACGUUAGAGGUACUAUCACAUUUUAGUGUAGUCUCUGUUUAGCAGAGCUACUUUUUGUUCUGGAAUAUAAGUAUAGCUAUAGCAGAAUACGGAAACCCUGGUGGCGUAGUGGUUAAGUGCUAUGACUGCUAACUGAAGGGUCGGUGGUUCACAUCCACCAGGCGCUCCUUGGAAACUGUAUGGGGCAGUUCUGCUCUGUUCUGUAGGGUUGCUAUGAGUUGGAAUCGACUCGACGGCACUGGGGUUGGUUGGUUGGUUGGUAUAGCAGAAUUCAGAAAUAAGAUUGGAUUAAAUAGAAUGACUGCUGGCAAACAGGGACUUGAGAGUAAGCCUGGUAGUAGAGGAUUUUAUGUUUGAUAGAAUCGUUAAAAUAAAAAAAAACAGGGCGUAUUUUUAUGGGCCAUCUGCCAAGACUAGAUGUGGUUUUGGUACCUCUUAUUCCCUAAAAGAUGUAUUUUGCAUUCCAUACCCUGUCAGAUGAGGAGACAAAACAAAUAAAAUUGGAAUUUCAGAGCUGGAAUGGAUCUGAAGUACUACUUGUCCAAACCUUUAGUCGUACAGGUUUAUGUUUUCCAUAAACAUAAGAUGCUUCUUCAUAGCAGUUCUUCAACAUAACUCACACAGUGACAGAAUCAGAAUUUAAAUCUCUUAAAAUUUAAAUAAUUUUUCCUAAUCUUGGAGUCACCUUUUGACAGUUGCCAAAUGUAUCAGGCAACUAAAAUUAAGGCGUUGGGCAGAUACAUGUCAUAUAUAGGAGACAUGCUGAUGUAAGUAACUGUCACCUGGGAAGCUUGUUUUUUAAAUGCAGGCUUUUUCAGCUUCCCCUCCUGAGGUUUUGAGUUAGUAGGUUUGGGAUAGGGUCCAGUAAUGACCCUGCAUUUUUAGUAAAUUAGUGAAAAAAAAAAAAAAAAUUAUUUUUUAGAGUGG